CGGCCCGAGCGCAGCCACAGGAGGAGGAGGACGCCCGCCCUGCACCGCAGCUCGCAUCUGCGGCCGCGCGAUCCACCUCCCGCGCCACUUCCCCCGCGUGCGUCCCUCUGGCCGCGGAGCCGGCGAGAGGCCGCACCGGACCGAUGGCGGCGGCCCUCUCGGGCCUCGCGGGACGGCUGUCGCGCUCAGCCGCGACCGGCGGCUCGUACGGCGCCUUCUGCAAGGGGCUCACGCGCACGCUGAUCACCUACUUCGACCUGGCCUGGAGUUCUGCCCAUGAACUUCCCCUACUUUACGUCGUGGCUUCGGUGAUUCUCAACGUGCGCCUGCAGGUACAUAUUUAGAGCAACUAACUUGUGGCACUGUGGGGGGGGUGCCCAGCAGGAUGGCUGAGCUCCACCCACCAGCUCACCCGCCCUAGAGCAAAGCGACCAGCUCGCCUCGCGCACACAGACUUGCCGGCCGGUCUUGCCAUUGCCCCAUCUUUUUAUGUAAAUGGGCGGCUAGAAAUCAUUUGCUGAAAGCCUGCAAUAUAACCAAAAAAGCCUAAGGUAUAAUUAAAUGUUGAAUCUCAAGGAAAUAGCUAAUUCAAAGAACAGAACUUAAAAAUCUGAAAAUCCUCAGAAAUACUUGAGAAGUUCUUGCAUCCAUAAAACAAAAGACAGCACCGAACGUAGGGAAAUGACAAUAAGCACAGGAUGCCCUAAGGGGGGAAAAAGGAAAAGUUACUAACAACUUAAAAAAAAGAUAAACUGUACAAGAAUGGUCCAAAUAGGAGACAAAUCUUCCAAAUUAGAAAAAGAAGAGAAGAGACUUCCAACUGAAUGGAAUCGAUUCUAGGCAACAGACGGAUGGAGUUAGACGGAGGAAAUUUACAACAUGAUCUGGAAGGCAGACAUUUUUUCAUCCCAAAAGAAAAAACAAGGCAAACAGAACCUACUGGGAAAAACAAACAUUUCAGACUGUACAAGGAGAGCAUGCUUCACACAUGAAGCAACCUCAGAUGUGGCCUGUUUUUCAGCCGUUGCCUGGAGUGUGAGAAAGGGAAUCUGAACGCUGGCAUGUGGAUCAAGACUCUGCAGUCACAGAAAAUCCAAUCAUAGCGUUCAACUCUGCUAUUCAGUGAACAGUGUUUAAAUAAUCAUUGCGAUGGAAAUAUUAGUUACGCAUUUUCAUUUUUAGAGUAAAUCUCUAGGCAAAGCAGGGGAGACAAUUAUAGUUAUAGAACAGAGUGGGAAUGUUAACCAACUUUGACAAGUACAGGCAACAAGUUGGCAGGCAGAGAGGAAGAAAUGGAAUAGUGGUGUUAUUCUCCUAAACUAGGAAGUCCAGAUACUGUCUCUAGUUGAAAGAAUAAGACAGAUUUAGGGGUUAGAUUUUUUAAGUGAACAAGGUAACCAACAAAAGAGUUAAAAAUAGUGAUACAACCAAAUGGAGGGGGGAGGAAAUCCAAGGGGACAGCAGGAAGUCAGCAGAAAAUGCCUCAUGUCAUCAAGUUAAGAAAUAGUAAGAAAAGCAUAUUAUUAGGAAAAAUGGAGUUAACCUCUAAACAGACAUGUAAAAGUUUUUGCCUCUGGGUUGGGAAAGCAAAAGUUGAGAAGGGUGGAUGGGGAUUUACUGCUUUUCAUUAUAUGUCCUUUUGUACUGGUUGAUUUUCCUAAAUCCCUUAUAUGCAUGUAUUACUUUGAUUAAAAGUUAAAACUUAUUAAAAAUGAAUUUACUGCAAUUUAAAAAAAAAGAGUUUUGAUCAGAGUGAGAGAAAAGAACUGACCCUAGGGAAAGGAAAUAUAGAUAUGAGACUGAUGAGGUUAAGUAAAAAUCCUGAAAUCCUGAAUUUGAAAUGCAAGUAUCAGUAUGAACUCAUGAUAUAUAUAUAUAUAUUUCUUUUUAAUAAAUUUAUUUAUUUUUGGCUGUGUUGGGUCUGCGUUGCUGUGUGCAGGCUUUCUCUAGUUGCAGCGAGCGGGGGCUACUCUUCGUUGUGGUGUGCGGGCUUCUCGUUGCGGUGGCUUCUCUUGUUGCGGAGCACGGGCUUUAGGCAC